AUGACUGUGUUUCAACAAGAUGCCAAGCCAAACGACAAACAGAUCACCGCCAUCCCUGUCUCGUCAAGCUCCGUGUGUUACAGGCAUGAGGGCCGUCGAAGCCCCCUCUCCACUACCGGCCCCUCUCCCAGGUUGGAUCAAGUGGCAAGACAAGACAGACAGACAGACAGACAGCACAAGCUGGAUAUGACCGAGGUUGCCACUCAAGCUGAGAAUGUGCCUGUACCUGUAUUAGAGCUGAGCUCAUACUUCCUUCACCAUUCUCCCCUCGACCUGAUUAAUUACAAGGCUCAGCUCAGCCCCUCUCAUGCUAACGUUAGUCCCUUCCUUUACUCCCGCCAUACUUACCUCAGAUUAAAGUACUGCAGACUUGGCUAG